AACGAGGCGUUCGCUCGCACAUUCAGUCGGGCGGAAAUCUUCAACGAGGAGAGAGGUUAGGUUGCGCGCGCGUUCUCGCGGAGUGGAAGGUGAUUUGUUGUUUAAUUGUUUUCAUUCGCGGGCAAUUCGAGCACGACGGGAUCGUCGUGACGUGCGUGCUCGCCUUCCCCGUUUCGCCGAUGCGCACUGAGCGCGGAAAUGGCGUUUCCGAGGUGAAAACACGACCCGAUUAUGUGACUGCCUUUGUGAUUGAUACGCCGCGGCUGCAUUCGCGCCGGAACCGAGGGAAUUGCUCGCUCCCGCGCGUAGCUCCGCACGUUUAUUUCGCCGCGUGUGUCACACGUGCACGCGGAGAUUGCGACUAACUCAUUGUCUGUGAGUAAUUAUAUUUGUGUUCUCCGCUCCAUUUACUCACGCGUGCACGCACGUAGAGGAUCUACUCCUCUGUCCGAGGAGGAAGCAAGAAGAUCGGUUUUUGUUUUUUUUGUUUUUUUUGUUUUUUUUUCAAAAGAUGAAUCAAGAGAGCGAGAUUUGUUUUCUUGUAUGCAACGUGUUUAUGUCCAAAUCUGUUGGUGCAAACUUCGACACUAAGUGCAAUUUGUGAGUGAAACUAAAUGAGUUUGCGUCAAGAUCCGAUUCUUCGAAUCUAGCUGACACUUGAUUAAAUUGAAACCACCGAGGAGUGUCUCCGUGAGAGAGCGAGGAAAGGAGUGAGAGUCAAUUGGAUUAAUCUCGUUUAAUGCGCAAACAAGUUAAUUAAAUCUGCUUGUUAAAACCGAAAUCAGAUUUGACAGCUUUUUAAACGAAGCUGUGCGACAGGACCGUAAUUAAUGGAAAGAUCGUAUUCUUGACCAGUAAAAAGAACAUAGGAAUUGAGUUAAUAACUUGAACAGUUUUUUUUAGAAAAUUGCAAACUGAAUUCUCUGCAUAAUGCACAAACGAGAUCUCGCAAAAAAUGAGGUGGAUCUUGCUGUUAACAUUUGUACGUGCGAUAUGGUGCGCGCACGGUGCCUGCGAGCCAAUCAGAAUAGAAAUGUGCCGCGGUCUCGGCUACAAUGAGACUGUUAUGCCGAAUCUCGUCGGCCACGAAAUACAAGGCGAUGCUGAUUUUACUUUACAGACGUUCAGUCCGCUUAUUCAGUAUGGAUGCAGUGCACAAUUGCAUCUGUUUCUGUGCUCGGUAUAUGCGCCUAUGUGCACCGAAAAAGUACCUGCACCUAUCGGGCCUUGCCGAGGUCUGUGCGAGCAAGUGCGAGCUCGUUGUUUCCCGGUCCUUCAGGGAUUUGGUUUUCCCUGGCCGGCCGCGUUGAAUUGCUCCAAGUUUCCACCGGAGAACAAUCACCAACAUAUGUGUAUGGAAGGGCCGGGUGAACCCGGACCGGCAAACCCUAUUCAGACGGUGAGCGCCAACAACGGACCCUGGGGCUGCUCCUGGUACGCCAAAUCGGGAUUGUACAUUUUCUUGAAUCGCUCCGGAAGAUGCGCUGCUGCUUGCGACGCCGAUAUUCUUUGGUCUCAGAAGGACAAGAAACUGAUGGAGGCCUGGAUGGUCGUGUUCACAACAGUGUGUCUUAUAUCCGUCGCGUUCGCCGUUUUGACAGUAAUAAAGCCGCGCAAACAGCCUAUAUUAACCACGUCCGGAGAACGUGCAAUAAUCUUCUUAACGAUCUGCCACGCGGCAGUCACAAUUGGCUAUGUGGUCCGAUUGGCAGCUGGUCGGCUGAAUGUCGCUUGCACACCCGCGAUUUCGUCGCAUUCGCAGGGUGUUCUAGCUCAACAGCAGCAGCAACAACAGUAUCUCACGCAGGACGGUUUAGCCAAUCCUUAUUGCGCUGUUGUUUUUCUGUUGCUCUAUUAUUUUGGAAAUGCCGCGAUCGUUUGGUGGGUCGUAAUAUGUGCAUGGUGGUGCGUAAUGGCCAAAAAAUGGACGAAGACAGCCGGCAACUGCAGAGAGGAUAGUUUCGGGCUGCACCAGGGAUUCUCAACUGUCGCCGCGGUCGCGGCUUGGGGUCUUCCCGCUGCGCAAACUAUUGCCGUGCUGGUCACGAGAGACGUCGACGCCGACGAACUGACCGCAAGUUGCUUUGUCGGUCAGCAAAACACGAAGUCUUUACUUUCUUUGGUGCUGGUGCCGCAAGUCAUCUAUUUGUCGUUCGGUGUGACGAUUCUACUAGUCGGGUUGGCAUCGUUGAUACUGCCGCGACGUCCAGCAGUAACGCCGACGUUGGCAGUAACCUCGUCGUCGUCAUCGUCAGCGGUAGUGGCGUCGACGACGGCGUCUCACACAAAUCCGCUGAUGCGCCAACAGCGCGAAAUGCACGGCAAGCUGUCACCAGCGGAGAUUUAUCGGCGACGAAAGCAGCUGUUGACGCGCUUCGGUAUAUUUGUCUGCUUGUAUGCCGCCUUGAUAAUCUGCCUGGUCAGCGCGACGUUUUACGAAUGGUGGAGCAGAGAAACGUGGCUCCGGGCGCCGGAACCGUCGACGGCGCCGCGUGUACCCGUUCGGCCUCUGUUGCAGUUUUUCGUGCUGCGAUUGGUGGCGACCCUCGGAGCCGGCGUUAUAACCGCCGCGUGGAUCUGGUGGCCGGAAGUAACGAGUGUAUGUCGCAAGCUGCCGCACUGCAGACAACCGCCGUACAAAUGCCAUCCGGUGCCUAUUGUAGCGCCCGGUAUGCACUGCUACAGCACCACCACCGGCAGCGCAAGUCCCAUACCUCAUCAGAUUCACCAUCUCGGUCAUCUGACGCCGCCGCAGCAUCCCCUGCUACAUCAGCACGCGAUGGCAAACCCGCAACUACACAGAAGUCACAACAAAUCUCGAAAGCAUCGGAAACAUCAUUCCGGCAACGAGACUCAAGUUUAAACGAACGUAUUGCGUUUCGCUUCAAGUGCCUUAAACAUUAUUACGCGUUUUUCUCGCCUCACGAUAUUACGACAUGAUAACUAUAAUUUAGUAACGUUAAUUUUUCAAAUAAAUUUUCAUACAAUUUAAUAUCCUCACGUCAGCGUUAUUGCGUCAUUAGAUAAUAAGGACAAUUCCGUAUUUAUCUUGUAUAGAUUGAAGAAAUUUGGAAAUCUUUAUAAUAUAUCCUCGUCACAUAGUAUACUAUUAUUGUUCUAGCGUGCUUCGAUUGAACUGUCAUGAAAAUAUAACAUUGAAAUUGUCUGCUGAAGUAUUUCGUGGAUACGAGAGAAUGAUGGGUGUUACAUUUAAAUCUCAAAGAACGACAGAGCGGUGGUUGCGAAGAAGACGGGAAGAAUACCGUUCAUUUCUUCGCGUCUCUUCUCACUCAGCGUCUUAUAUUCAUGUAACCGCACGCAGACCCUAAAACAAAAUGAUUGCACCUUGACUCUCUGUGAUGUAUUAUUUCAACGGUUGUGUGUCUUAUUCAGUUUAUGUUUAUUUUAGAAAAUUAAGUUUUACUCUGUGUACAGUGCCAAUGUUUUUAUUUUUGCAAAUAAAACAAACGUCCAUUUUUUAUUUUUGCAAACAAAACGAACAUACGGUCAGUGAACAACGAUAUUGUUCGCUAAUG